AUGUCGUGUAAGCGGUGUAUUUGUGGUCUUCUAGCGAUAUUUACUCUGGUUUGCCUUGUUACAUCAGAUGAAUCGCAUGAUGGAGGUCAACAUAAUCCUUUACAUGACUCUAAAUUGACACACGACAAAGAGUAAGUAAUCAAUGACCCGAUAGCCUUCGCAAUACUAAAAUUUCGUACGUAGCAGACAAGCACUGAGCGGGGACAAGAUCUAGUUUGUAGUUUAUGAUCAGUUUAUAUUUGAUCUCUAGCGUGUUGCAUUUUACCUGCCUUUUUUUUGUUCUGGGGUAUUUCCUACUAAACGAAAAUUCAUUUGGAUAGGACUUAAAAACUAAGUGCGAAGUGGUUCCAUCACACUUACAGACUGAAUAUAGAGCUCAAACGAAGAGCUUAAUGUUAUUACACGUGUCCUUAAAUACCCCAUAGGAAUGUCCCAAUAUAAAGUAACUUAUGAAUUAAAUUAUACGGCUUUCGUUUCUGCUGUAAUAAAUAUCUUAUAUUUUGUAAAUAUUGUUGUUUUUUUUUUUGUUAUUUAAAAAUCGUGUUAAUUGUUGAGUUUCAGUUAUUUUUUAUCCACGUGAAUUGGCGGCCAUGUUGAUGGACAAAACAAUAAAUAUUUUUUUGCAGAAUUUUCGUGAAAGAAAAGUAGCUCUCAGUGAAGAAAUAUAGUUCUGUUCUUGUCCACCAGCAUAGCUGAAGUGGCAUGAGCUACAGAAAACCAAACUAGCAAUACAAGUUUUAUUAUGAAUACUAUAGAGAAAGUGAUCAAUUGCUCAACAUUUGUUGAUUUACACAUGUUGAGCUCUUGUUCAACAAAACAUUUGAUAUUAAAAAGGGCUCCAGAAAACCCUCUUGGGGAUGGUAGAAAUGUUUGUUUAAGGACAAUCGAAGUACAUGUGAAAAGUUAUAUGAAGGACUCCAGGCCAGGGCUGAUUAUGUGAGCUGCAUUGGCUUUCUUUGCUGAGAUCUUAGUAUGUUGAUGAAACCGAAAUCAGCUUUGUGAUAACAUGACAGCUACGUCAACCCAGUAAGUCAGGAUCCAAGUAUUAGGAUGCCCAGUAGUGGUACAUUAACACACUGCUCUUGUACUCUAUUUCUGUCUGUUAAUGUGGACACUCCAGGCUAGCUCACCUCAUGUAGUACCAGGUUAAAAUUCACUUCAGCAAAGUGAGUGUUAAUUUAUUGAUGAACUGAAACAAACUGACAUGCAGUAAAUUUGAAUGUUGUUUUGUUACAGUCACAUCAAAGAACACCUGAAAGAUGAGAUUGACCUAAAAGAUGAACAGAUGUCUGAUGAAGAUUUACAAUUUCAUUAUUUUAAAUUGCAUGACUAUGACCAUAACAACAAGCUGGAUGGUAUUGAACUCAUGAAUGCAAUGACCCAUUACCAUGAUGAAGAAAGUGAAGAGGGCAAGAGCCACCAGUACACAGAUGAUGAAAUGGGAAAUAUGAUUGACCAGAUUUUAGAAGAAGAUGAUCUUAACAAAGAUGGAUAUAUCGACUACCCAGAAUUCGUGGCCUCACAGAAAUCCUAA